GAAAUUUGAAAAACAGAAAAUAAUUGAGAAACAACGAAAAGGUCACUGACACUUGUUUCCACCAUGGAGUACCACCUCCCAGAACUUCAACGAGACCCUUCUGGAUUCUCACACACCCACCACCGCUCCUCUCUUUAUAUCAGUAUCUCAUCAUCAUAUUCUUUACUUACCAAAACACUAAAAAGAACCCCACGUUUUCCUAUGGCCUUCCCUCGUUUGGCUCUGAAGAAUUUACACCAAAAAAGGGCCGCUGUUUCCUCUUUUGCUGAUGCUCUGCUGCAGAGGCCACGGUGGGGGGCUGAGCCCCUGAGAAGGCUGUCUGGUCAGAGCUCAGACGGCAACCCAAAGGAUAAGGAGGUCGCCGUCAAUGAAGGCCAAGACCCCAACAUGCUCCCAGAGAGGAGGCAUGGCAAGAAAUGGGUAUGGAGGAACAACGGGGGUCUAGGGAGUUCCCUGAUGCAAGCGGCGGAGAGCAUAAACAGAGUGCUGAAGAGCCUGAGCUUGGGAGGGCGUGUGAAAGAGCAGGAAGAGUGCUACAAACUGCGGCUGGAGAUGCCCGGGAUGGCGAAGGAAGAUGUGAAGGUGACGGUGGAGGGCCGGGUUGUGAGGGUCAGAGGAGAGCACAAGGAGGAGGAGGAGGAGGAGAAGGAAGAAGAAGGCGGCGGGUGGGUGGCGGCGGCGAGUUAUGGUUAUUACGAUACGAGCGUGAUGCUGCCGGAGGAUGCGGAGGUGGAGGGGAUUAAGGCGGAGCUGAAGGAUGGGGUUUUGACGAUUACCAUUCCCAGGGGUGAGAGGCCCCAAAAGGAUGUCAAGGAAGUCACUGUUCUCUGAAUUGUGUUGCUGAGUUUUGUAAUAUUUGGUCUCUCAAAUUUUGGAAAAAUAAAUGCUAUGAUUUACUUUGGAGUUUUUUUUUUUUCCUUUUUUAGUACAGCAAUUGCAGAUCAGAUCGGAGUUCAACCGGAGAAAGAUCCAAAGCAAAGCUCUUCAUGGUUGAGUUUGUUAGUGUGGUCUAAUCAGAGUAGAGUCAUGGUUGAGUUUGUUAGUGUGGUCUAAUCAGAGUAGAGUCGGCAUAGAAAUGCCGAUGUUGAUGUAAAUAUAUACAUGUCGAUGUUGAUUAAUAUUUUAAGAAAAAUAAU